GGGGGGGCCGCCGCUGCCGCCGCCGCCGCCGCCGCCGCCAUGGGGUGCCUGGGGAACAGCAAGACGGAAGAUCAGCGGAACGAGGAGAAGGCACAGCGAGAGGCCAACAAGAAGAUCGAAAAGCAGCUGCAGAAGGACAAGCAGCUCUACCGGGCCACCCACCGCCUCCUGCUGCUGGGUGCUGGUGAAUCUGGUAAAAGCACAAUAGUAAAACAGAUGAGGAUCUUGCACGUCAAUGGAUUUAAUGCUGAUUCGGAGAAAAAAAUGAAAAUCCAAGAUAUUAAAAAUAAUAUUAAAGAAGCUAUAGAGACAAUAGUGACAGCAAUGGGAAAUUUGGCACCUCCAGUUGAGCUAGCCAAUCCAGAGAAUCAGUUUCGAAUUGACUACAUUUUAAACUUAGCUAACCAGAUAGACUUUGACUUCCCACCAGAAUUUUAUGAACAUACCAAAACACUUUGGCAAGAUGAAGGUGUAAAAGCCUGCUACGAGAGAUCUAAUGAAUAUCAAUUGAUUGAUUGUGCUCAAUACUUUCUAGACAAGAUUGAUGUAGUCAAACAAAAUGAAUAUACACCAUCUGACCAAGAUCUUCUCAGAUGCAGAGUAUUGACAUCAGGAAUUUUUGAAACCAAAUUUCAAGUGGAUAAAGUAAAUUUUCACAUGUUUGAUGUCGGAGGACAACGAGAUGAACGUAGAAAAUGGAUCCAGUGUUUUAAUGAUGUGACUGCUAUCAUAUUUGUGGUGGCCAGCAGUAGCUACAACAUGGUUAUUCGAGAGGACAAUCAGACCAAUCGGCUUCAAGAAGCGCUAAACCUCUUCAAGAGUAUCUGGAACAACAGGUGGCUACGGACCAUUUCAGUAAUUCUAUUCCUGAAUAAACAGGAUUUAUUAGCAGAGAAAGUUUUGGCAGGGAAAUCUAAAAUUGAGGACUACUUUCCAGAAUUUGCUCGCUACACCACACCAGAUGAUGCAACACCUGAACCUGGUGAGGAUCCCAGAGUUACAAGGGCCAAGUAUUUUAUUAGGGAUGAAUUUCUUAGAAUCAGCACAGCAAGUGGAGAUGGAAGGCACUACUGCUAUCCCCACUUCACAUGUGCAGUGGAUACAGAAAAUAUCAGAAGGGUUUUCAAUGACUGUCGGGACAUUAUUCAACGGAUGCACCUUCGUCAAUAUGAGUUAUUGUGAUGGAGAGCACUUUUUCCCGUGUUUUGGACUCCUUAAUUCUCAUGUGAAAACAAAACACAAAACAAAUAUUUGCCCACAUAGGGUAGAAGAGAAUUGAUGCAGUCUCCCUCCAAUUUGCACCCUCGCCUUUUUUCCUUGCUGGACAAUAGCAGACUUUUAGCUUGCUUCUGUCUCCCUUGGACAGUUUUAAAAUGGCCAGCCAAAUAGGCUAUUUCCACCUGGGUUCCCUAACAUUAUUACCGGCAACAGAAUCAAAUAACAAAUAAAGCCCUGAAUGUGUGAAGCACCAUGAAGGAUUGGGGAAUAAUAAAAGUUAACACAUACAUACAUACAUACACAUAUGCACACACAUAUGGAGCGAGAAAUAUUUGGUAAUGUAAAACCAUUAUGGGCAAACUCAUAUUACCCAUGAUUUCAACUUUUUAUCCAUUCACUGCAUCAGAUGAGAGAAGGUGCUGAGUUACAGACCAAGUGUGAAGAAAGAUACCCAAGUUUGGUUCUCUGACUGUAAUGUGGCUUUGAACGGAAAUACUGACAAUUCUACAGCAGACUUAGUGCAAAAACUUACUGCUACCUUUCAAAAGGGUAUUUUUAAAUCCAGCUUUGUUGGUCUUAGGACAACCUUGGACAUUAUUAUUUGAACUGCAUACAGCCUGUGAUUGCAGAGAGCUCACCACACACUGUUUUCGGUUUGUCCACUCAUGAUCCUGUCUGCUAUAUAUAAAAAAAAUCAUUAACUGGACAGUUGUCCUCACAGGUUUUUUUUUCUCCCCUUCUUUCUCCUCCCCCCCCUUUUUUUUUAUUUUACUGCUGGAUUAUUAUUCUUGUACAGACUGUAAAAUGUAUUAUUUUGUACAACUUUACUGAAAAAAAAAAAACUUGUAGAAGAUCUUUGUGCCUUGAUUAUGGCUGUACCUGUAAAAUGAGCUAAGAUGUAAGUAUGUUUGAUUGCGCUGUACAGCUUUGUCAACCCUAUCUGCAGCAUUAGCUCAUGGUAGGGAAAUUUAUCUGUAGUUUAGUUUUUCUGGUUUAUAAAAGAAGGAAAAAUACUGUUUAGUUUUAAAAAAAAAGUACAAAUUGUGCAAACUUAACCACUUUAAAAGUGAGGUCUUCAACAAGUGACCAGAUGUCGCAGCAUCAUGCUUUUUAAUUUUAGCUUUAACUCAUUUAAAUCUCUAUUCCAAAUGCAAAACAUGGCUUGUUUCUACAUAAACCAAAUUUUGCUACAAAUUAUAAAUGUUAGUCUUUGGUCAUUCAUAGUCCUUUUUGCAAAAACAAAAAGAAGAAACAUAGGCACUGUGCAGGUAUGGUGACCCUCUGUAGACUGGACAGAAUCCCCACCAACCUCCACUAGACUGAGUGGGCAAAAUAUUAUAAAAAUGACAAGGUGUACACAACCCUUGUAUUUGGCCACUGAAUUCCAGUUGCAAAUGACAUUUUUAUUUCUCUUUUAAUAAAGAGAUACCUUAGAAACGUUUGUUUUUAUAUAAACUAUAUAAGUAGCUUAAAAGUGAAAAGAUGUGUGGAUUUUUCUUAAACUUGAAUAAUUUAUGCAAAUUAUAUGCUUAGAACAACAUGUGGUACAGUAAAAAGAAAAAAAGAGCAAAAAUCACUGUAGCAAUAAGAAAGCAUGUAAUUUUAGUAACUACUACAUUGCUUUAUAUUUUAUACUUAGGUGUUUUAUGUCUCUGUGAGUGUUACUUUUUCAUGUGUCUAAACCUUCGUGUACAAUCUGUACAGUCAAGAAUUACAGUUGUAAUAUCAGAUUUAGAACAGUGUUAGCCUAUAUUACUUAAAAAAACCCCAACAAACCCAAAUCAAUCUGAAUUUUAAUGAAGUGAAUUGAAAAGUUGCCUCUUUAGUGACACUAGCUUUUUCCAUCAAUAGUUGCUUUGGGGAAGAAAUUCAGGUUAUGUGAAAAUUUGAUCCCAAUCAAUAUUAAAUGAUUAGGUAUGCAAUAGGUGCCAAUAUUGGUUUUCAGAAUCCUGUUGUUUAAGAAUUGUCGCCAUUUAAAGUGGUAUGGUUUCUGUUCUUUUGUUUCUAAAAUUCUGUCCCAAUCCAGUACCAUGAUUAUGGAGAUUCUGGAUUUGAUAGUGUUUGUCUUGACUCCUUUUACCCAAGUAAAUGAGUCUUGGAAA